UGUUUCUUAAUUGCAACAUGCUCCUCUAGCUUUCCUUUUCAAGAAAACAAAACAUGGAGAGAGAGAGGUUGGAGGAGGGACUACUCCUACCAAGGUCUUCACUUCCUGAACCAAGGCCUAUUCUUCACAGCCUCGGCAAUGGCAGUGGCAGUGACUGCGGCAGUGGCAUACCACAAGGUGAUUCUUCUGCUACAACUGCUGUUAUUCUCAGCACCUUGGUCGCUAUCUGCGGUUCAUUUUGUUCUGGGUGUUGUUCAGGAUAUUCAUCACCUGCUGAAUCUGGAAUUAUGGAAGACCUUGGCCUCUCAGUGGCAGCAUUCUCAGUUUUCGGCUCACUACUCACAGUUGGAGGAGUAAUAGGUUCAUUAAUAAAUGGGAAGGUAGCGGACCUCAUUGGUCGAAGAGGUGCUAUGUGGCUUUCGGAAUUUUUCUUCAUUGUUGGAUGGCUUUUGAUAGCAUUCUCAAAGGACGCUUGGUCACUGGAUCUUGGAAGACUGUCGUUGGGGAUCGGAAUUGGGCUUAUCGCUUAUGUGGCACCUGUAUACAUUGCAGAAAUAACUCCAAAGAAUAUCCGGGGAGGAUUUACAGCAGCUAAUCAGUUUAUGAUAGCUUUUGGCCUUUCACUCAUGUAUUUCAUUGGAACUGUUGUUUCCUGGCGGACCUUGGCUCUGAUUGGAGCGGUUCCAGGUCUAUUGCAAGUUGUUGGUUUAUUCUUCAUUCCAGAGUCUCCUAGAUGGCUGGCAAAGAUUGGCAGAGAGAACGAAUUAGAAGCUACACUACAGCGUCUUAGGGGAAAGUAUGCUGAUGUUUCUCAAGAAGCUGCUGACAUCAGAUAUUAUACCGAAACCUUUGAGAGGGAUUCAGAAGCUAGAUUCUUUAACCUGUUCCAGCGAAGAUAUGCUUAUUCACUUGUUGUUGGAGUUGGGCUGUUGAUAUUCCAACAGUUAGGAGGGACGAAUGCAAUUUGUUAUUAUGCUAGCUCCAUUUUUGAAGAUGCUGACUUUUCAAGUACGUUUGGGACUAUAUCAAUGGCUAUCAUUCAGCUCCCCUCUGUCGCUUUAUCUGUACUUCUCAUUGAUAAAUCUGGAAGAAGACCACUUCUUAUGGCAUCUACUAUCGGAAUGUGCAUAAGUUGUUUCAUCAUAGGGUUGGCAUUCUGCAUGCAGGACCUUAAUCAUUGGAAAGGGAUCACUCCAUGGCUGGUGUAUAUUGGCAUAAUGGGUUUCAGUGUAGGUUACUCAAUAGGCAUGGCAGGACUACCAUGGGUUGUAUUGUCCGAGAUAUUUCCUAUAAACAUCAAGGGCACGGCGGGAAGCCUAGCAACUGUACUCAACUGGUCAAGCUCUUGGGUUGUUUCAUUCACUUUUAAUUUUAUGAUGGACUAUUGGAGCACAGGAGGAGCAUUUUUCAUAUUCGCGGGCUUUUGCGCUUCAGCUGUCCUGUUCACAGCAUUUCUUGUACCAGAAACUAAGGGGCGAACAUUAGAAGAACUACAAGCAUCAAUUACACAUUUUUCAGACUGAGAAACCACUUUUGAUAUUAGAAAUUUAGUGCCAAUAACAUGUUUGAGUUGAAUAAUUAUUGUAUCAUCAUUGUAUCAUCAUUGAAUCACAUGAAUGUGUGAUGAACUUUUCUUCUAAGAGUUUUUAUAUGGUUCAGUUUUGUAAUGCAAACUUAACCAAUUGGAAAGCAGUGCCUUUCUUUUUUCCAAAAAUGGAAUACAGUGUUCUUACUGCA